GGCCGGGAGGAGGAAAAGCAUGGCGAGUUUCCUGUGUCUGGCCGGCUCUGCCUGCCUCUGCACCACGUUCAUCCCCGAAAACGCAGGAGCCUUGCUGAACGUUACGUCGUUGGCGCUUCUGGGAAAACUGAUGGUCAGUGCAGCGUUCAACAUCGCCUACGUGUACACCUCUGAACUCUACCCGACAGUUAUCAGGAACGCUGGUUUGGGAGUUUGUUCCAUGUCGUGCAGAGUCGGAGGAAUCCUUGCACCGUUUGUUCCUUCCAUGGUAAGGGCGUUUAGCUUUUGUAGCUUCUCAAUGAAACUGAUUCUCUCUGGAUGACAUUUGAGCCAACGUCAGCAAGUACAAGAACAGGGGAAUUUAAACAGGCGUUGUAUUAUGACCUUUUAUUGACUUGUGUUAGAAGCCAGGAAUGGAUAGUGCGGUUUUUUUCUGAACUCCUCCUGUUUUUUUUCCCGGGAAGAGAAAAUGUGGAAUGUGAGUUUUUGUUUUUCAUGGAUAUCAACUGCAUUCCUCUGGCAGGAUUAACAAAAUUACAACACGGUGCAGGAAGUCACGGCACGUUUCAACAACAAGGAAAUUCAAAGUGCUUUACAGAAAACAAAAGCAACAUUUAAAUAGAAACUC